AUGAAGUUUAUAAGCUUUUUAGCUUUCAUAUUAUUAACUAGCUUAGUUACUGCUCAUGGUGAAGGAAAUGGUGUACCAUAUACAAAAUAUGAACAUUCAAAACCUAUUUAUUGUUGUAAUUAUGAAAUUAGACAAGCAGUAACAUACUGUCCUCCAGGUAACUAUACUUGUUUGUGUUCAAACAAAAAUGCUUUAGCUACUUAUGCUGGUUGUUUGUCUUACAAGAAAAGAAAUGGAACCCACACAUUACAUUUUAUGGAACAUUGGUGUGAGGAAAAUGGAAAUGUGACACUUGCUGAAGAUUGGUAUAAGAAUUCAUAUAAACACUUCUUAGAUAAUGCUAAAAGUGCAUCUGAAAUACCAAGUUUUAACAAGUCAAAACCAAUUGAUGUACCGUUCAAAUUGAAUACUUCAGAAAUGGAUUUGUUCAAAAGAGCAUAUGAUGUUUUCCUUGACAACUACGACGAUUCUUUAUAUUAUUCAUCGGCUAUAUUAGGUUAUUGGUUAUUAAUUUUCAUAAUUGGUGCUUUUAUGAAUUGGUCAAAAUUCUUAUUCCCAGGUUUUUACAAAAAAGCUACAAAUCCAGUAGUAAACUAUUGGAGAAAAUAUAUAACUAUGCCAGCAACAUUUCACAAAAAGAAAUCACAAGAGCAAAAGUUUUUGAAGAUAUUUGAUUUUUUGAUUCCAUCAAGAUUUGAAUCAAUAGUCCUUUUCAUAUUUUAUGUGAUGGUUAUCGUUGUUCAUUGUAUGAAUGUCGAAUUCGUUGAAAAAGAUCCUUUGUUUUAUACAGCUUAUAGAGCUCAAUGGAGAUAUAUUGCUGAUGUAUGUAACACCCGAUAUCAAUGUGUGGAUAAUACUAACCUUUAAAUUUUAGAGAUCAGGUAUUGUUGGUACGUUUAUUACCCCAUUCGUUUAUUUGUUGGCUGGUAGAAAUAACUUUUUACAAUGGUUGACUGGCUGGAAUUAUAAUGUAUUCAUUACAUUUCAUAAACAUACGGCUAGGGUAAUGUUUUGUUUGAUCGCAAUUCAUGCAGUUGGUUUCACAAUAUUGUUGAUUGGUAGAUAUGCAGCAGAAAUGAAAGAAACCUAUAUGAUUUGGGGAACUUUAGCUACAGUUGCAGGUGGUAUAAUGUUGGUUCAAGCAAUGUUAUUUUUCAGAAGAAGAUGGUAUGAAUUAUUUUUAUUGAUCCACAUUUUGAUGGCAGUAUUUUGGUUAGCUGGUACUUGGAUUCAUGUUGAUAAAUUGGGUUAUAUUCAAAUGGUCUAUCCAGCAGUAGCUGUUUGGGUUUUUGAUAGAAUAGUAAGAGUUGGUAGAUUAAUAUCAUUUGGUUUUCCAACUGCAACUGUUACUUUAGAAUCAAAUGAAACUAUAAAAAUUGUUGUACCAAAACCAAGUUACUGGAAAUCAAUUCCAGGUGGGCAUGCAUUUAUUCAUUUUUUGAAACCCACAUAUUUUUGGCAAUCACAUCCAUUUACGUUUACUGAAGAAUCAGAUAAUAGUAAUAUAGUCUUUUUUGCUAAAGUUAAAGGUGGUGUCACUCAUAGUUUAUAUCAAACAUUAGCAAAAGCUCCAGGUAGAUCAAUUAAAAUAAAAGUUGGAGUUGAAGGUCCAUAUGGAGAAGCAACACCCGCUAAAUAUGCUGAUACUCCAGUAUUUGUAGCUGGUGGAAAUGGUAUACCUGGUAUUUAUUCCGAAGCUAUUGAUAUUGCUAAGCAUUUACCAAAAGAUAGUAACAAAGUUGUCAAAUUAACAUGGAUAAUAAGAGAGUAUUCAAAUUUGAUAUGGUUUUACAAAGAAUUACAAGCAUUGAAGAAUUUAAAUGUGCAAACUACUGUUUAUGUUACAAAACCAGAAAUUUUAACUGAUUUAGAACAAUUCAACACUAAAUGGUCGAGUGGCGAAGAAUCGGAAUCUGUUGAAAAAGGAGAUUCAUUAAAAGAAGAGGUCAAGGAAGAUGUAACUAGUACCGAUAUUGGACCUAUUAUCCAAAACCUUAAAUCGGAAUUAUCACAUAUUACAAUUUUAGAAGGUAGACCAAAUUUGGAAACUUAUGUUGCUAAAGAAAUCGAAGAAUCCAAUGGAUCGUUAGGAUUUGUUGCUUGUGGUCACCCGGCUAUGGUUGAUGAAUUAAGAUUUCAAGUCAGUGAAAUGGUUACAAAAUCUAAGGGUAAAAGACUUGAUUUUUAUGAACAACUUCAAAUCUGGGCUUAA